AUGUCGUUUGCUACAGGCAUCGUCGCUCGUCAAUGCCGUCGCAGCGCCCUCGGUCUCCCGCGAGCGAUUUCGAGCUCUGCAAAGGCCUCGCUCGCGCAGCCCGUGCCGCCAGAACAACCUCCAAGCCCACAAGCAAAACCACCGCUCAUCAAAGAGUUUAAGAUUUACCGCUGGAAUCCAGAUGAACCAGAGAAGAAACCGUCUCUGCAGUCAUACAAGGUAGACUUGAACCAGUGCGGUCCCAUGAUUCUCGAUGCUCUUAUCAAGAUUAAGAACGAGAUGGACCCCACACUGACGUUCAGGAGGUCAUGCAGAGAAGGCAUUUGCGGGUCCUGCGCCAUGAACAUUGACGGUCAAAACACCCUGGCAUGCUUAUGUCGUAUCGACCGUGCAGAGACCAAGGAUACUAAAAUCUACCCGCUCCCGCACAUGUAUGUCGUCAAAGAUUUGGUUCCAGACUUGACGUUGUUCUUCAAACAAUACAAGUCGGUCGAGCCGUACCUGAAGAACGACAACCCGCCAGAGAAGGGAGAGUUUUUGCAGACACAAGAGGACCGUAAGAAGUUGGAUGGCCUGUAUGAGUGCAUUCUGUGUGCAUGCUGCUCCACUUCCUGCCCAAGCUACUGGUGGAACCAGGAUGUUUACCUGGGCCCGGCUGCCCUUCUUCAUUCCUAUCGCUGGAUCGCGGAUUCGCGAGACUCGUAUGCUGCUCAACGAAAGGAAAAGCUGCAAAACACGUUCAGCUUGUACCGAUGCCACACUAUUCUCAACUGUUCGAGAACGUGCCCCAAGGGGCUCGAGCCGGGAACUGCGAUCGCAAAGAUCAAGCUGGAGAUGGCUGCCGAGUAA